AUGCUUGCAAUAUACCUAGAGUCGUUUGUGGUGGUUUCCUUUUGCAUCAUUUUGAUUUACUAUCUUAUCAGUGCUGAAGAACUUACAAACUAUGCACGUGGAGCAAACGUUCCCAUCGCGUACAUGAUACUCGAAGUCCUCUUCUCGCAGCUGUUUCGUCUUCCACAUCCACCUCAGCCUACUGGUUUUUAUGGGCCUCUACUUCUGGAUCUCUGUAGGCUGCAGCCGUCUACCAUGCCUCAAGUUUUAGCGCAGGCAUCAGAGCUGUUGUAUCAGCGUGCCGGUACAAUGCAGCCGUUGUGUCUCGAUAGAUUUGUGGAUUGGUUCAGUUUUCAUCUGUCCAAUUUUGGUUUCCGUUGGUCAUGGGAUGAUUGGAAAGAUUGUCUCACUGUGAGAAUUCGUUUUUAUCUCCACCAAUGGUUUGAAGAACAUUAUCUUCCUUUCAGGCUGACCGGUGGGACGCAAAGAAGAUCUUCGCUCGUGAAGUGA